AUGCCCACAGAUAGACACCAAAGGUCGCGCUCAAGGUCUCCGAGGCGACGCUCAGAACUUGACACUGAUUCUAGAAAGCACAGCUCGAAGCGCGACAAACAUAGGUCCCCGCAAGAGCGAAGGAGUCGAAGCCCGGAGCGCAGGCGGCACCAACAACACAUCCCUGGAGCACCUUCGCGUUCACCGUCUCGAUCCAGGUCUCGGGAUAGAAAGCGAAGCCGUCCCUCCAGGUCGCGGUCUCGUUCUGAAGACAGGAAAGAGAAGCGUCGAAGAGACAGAUCAUGCUCCCCCGACUCUGAAGACGAUUCGCACGGACGGAAACGCAAAGGGAGGAGAAAGGAUGAAAAAAAGAGCCAGAGCAAGGAGCGUCGCAAGGAGAAGGAACGGGAAAAGAAAGAACGCAAGGACAAGAAAAGGAAAGACAAGGGAAGCGUGCAACAUUGGGGAAAAUACGGCAUUAUCUCAGAUAUAGACAUCUUUACAAAAAGUCAAGAGUUUCACACCUGGCUUGUAGAAGAGCGCAAGCUUAACCCAGAGACGAUCACAAAGGAGCAACAGAAGAAGGAAUUUUCACGUUUUGUAGAAGAUUAUAACACCGCUACCCUACCCCAUGAGAAAUAUUACAACAUGGAGAUUUACGAACAACGCAUGUCGGCCCUUAGACAAGGAGAAUACUUACCUCCACCAGACGACUCUUACGACUUUCAAGCAGACAUGAAAGCUGUUUCCAGUGCACACAAGAAGAAAGUCGUCGAACAGGACAGUUACAUGAGCAAAGAGCAAUUAAUGGAACUACGCAAGGUCCAACAGGAGCGUAACGAGGUCGGAAGGAUGAAGUUGUUGGGCAUGGAUAUCAAACAAAGCUUUGGAGUGCGAAUGGAUGGCGCGACAUUUGACGGCUGA